GUGUAGUAUCUGUUCUUAUCAGUUUAAUAUCUGAUAUGUGGCCCAUCGGGUCACACGAUAUUAACUCUAUUUUUUAAGGGAAGAGGUCCAUUAAGAUAGCUUGCUAUCUGGGUCUCUACGAGUCGCCCAUGCGUUGCACUACUGCACGGGCUGGCUCAUCCCGCCAAAUAUACAGUUUAAUUUGGGCCUCUCGUAAAUAUCAGUGAGAUUGCGAAUUAAAUCGAAGUGGGCCUUUCGGCCCAAGUAACUGGCCUAAACUUAUCUACAAUGCUUUUUUUUGAGUCAGAUUCCAGCUCACUUUUUCAGAUGACAUCUCGAUUCGUUUCAUUCCCUGAGCCUAUCGUCGGUUUCUUGCCGGAGCUGUCGUCAUUUAACACUUGGAAUCUCCACUUUGUGUCACGAGCUCCAUGUUCUUCAGGUCGUCAUGGCUUUCGACUCCCUCGUACACGAGGAAGGACUCUCAUGUGCUCAGGUUCGAGCUCUCACUCGUGGAAUGUUCCUGUUCUUUCCAGCAAUGAGGUUGUUGAGAGGCUGAAACUAGUAGGAGAAGGAAAACAGUUCUUGGCCAUGUACUCGAGCGUUGUUGGCGGAAUCACAACUGAUCCAGCAGCUAUGGUUCUUCCGUUGGAUGAUCACAUGGUUCACCGUGGUCAUGGAGUCUUUGAUACCGCCAUGAUCGUUAACGGACACCUUUAUGAAUUGGAUCAGCACCUUGACCGUAUCAUACGGUCUGCAUCCAUGGCUAAGAUUCCACUCCCCUUCGACCGUGAAACUAUCAGAAGGAUUCUCAUCCAAACCGUGAGCGUUUCUGGAUGUAGAUAUGGCUCUCUAAGAUACUGGCUCUCUGCUGGCCCAGGAGAUUUCUCACUAUCUCCAUCUCAAUGUCCCAAACCAUCUCUUUACGCCAUCGUGUACCAAAAGGACUUCACCGUUGACCGAAGAGGUGUCAGGGUAGUGACAUCCUCCAUCCCCAUCAAGCCUCCAGAGUUUGCUACUGUGAAAAGCGUUAACUAUCUCCCAAACGCGCUCUCGCAAAUGGAGGCAGAGGCCAAAGGAGCGUACGCGGGUAUUUGGGUGGAUAACGACGGGUUUAUAGCAGAAGGUCCAAACAUGAAUGUGGCGUUUGUUGUUAACGGUGGUAAGGAGCUUGUGAUGCCGCGGUUUGACAAUGUUUUGAGUGGGUGUACGGCGAAGAGAACGAUUACACUCGCUGAACAGCUUGUAAGCAAGGGGAUGCUUAAGAGUGUGAGAGUUGUGGAUAUUACGGUUGAAGAUGGAAAGAAAUCUGAUGAGAUGAUGCUUCUUGGGAGCGGUGUUCUCGUCAAACCUGUGAUUCAGUGGGAUGAUGAAGUUAUUGCUGAUGGUAGAGAAGGUCCUAUAGCAAAGGCGCUACUGGAUCUGUUGCUGGACGACAUGAUCUCUGGUCCACCUUCUGUCCGUGUGCUUGUUCCUUACUGAGCCAAACCAUUCUCUUUGCUCAUCACAAAUAGACAACUUUGUUUUUUUUUAUUGCUUUGCUGUUACUGGAAGUUGAAGUUUGUAUUUACAUGUGUCCUGACUCAGAAGCAACUGUAUCUAUGGUUGUAAAGAUCCACUUCUUAGUGGGACCCAUUUCUGACAUUUUGUUGUUGUGUCUACCCCCACAAACUUCUUUUCUA